AUGGAGAAGUUCGUGUGGAGAAACCUAGUGACUCGAUUCGGUUUGCCCAAAACCAUUAUUACGGAUAACGGGCCUCAAUUCACCGGUAGAAGGUUCCGGGAGUUCUGUGCCAGCCACGGCAUCCAGCUAAGGUUCAGCUCGGUGGCCCACCCUCAGACGAACGUGCUGGCGGAGGUAACCAAUCGGUCUAUCUUGGACGGGCUCAAAAGAAGAGUGUCCGCGGCUCGAUCGGCCUGGACGGACGAACUCCCUAGCGUCCUCUGGUCACUGCGCACCACUCCCAAGACCGCGACGGGAGAAUCCCCGUACAGCCUGACGUUCGGAAAUGAAGCUGUCCUGCCACCCGAAGUGGCUAUCGCCACCCUUCGGACGAGGAAGCCUCGAACGAGGGACUUUGUGCCAGCCUCGACGUGUUCGAGGAGCGACGCGCCGAUGCACACCUGA